AUGACUAUCACUAUCACCGUUGAAAAGGAUGGAUAUUAUGAGGUUAAUGGCAAUCGCCAGGAGCCUACUGUCAAUCUUUAUGUCAUCCCAGCCGCAUCUAAGUUGCAGCGGAUGCUCAAGGACACCAAGGAUUUGAUUGUUUGUCCGGGUGUUUACGACGGUCUUUCUGCUCGAAUCGCAAUGGACUUGGGCUUCAAGGGUCUCUAUAUGACCGGGGCUGGAACAACGGCGUCACGUCUUGGGAUGGCCGAUCUUGGACUGGCCCAGCUUCAUGAUAUGAAGACCAAUGCCGAGAUGAUUGCAAACUUGGACCCAUUUGGCCCCCCCAUUGAUUGCAGAUAUGGACACCGGUUAUGGCGGUAUGUAGAGAUAUUCUUCUCCCAUCCCAAAAUCCACGUUUUAUCCGUCCAAGAGUAUAUCCAGGCUGGUGUCGCUGGAUUUCAUAUUGAGGAUCAGAUUCAGAAUAAGCGCUGUGGGCACCUUGCAGGUAAGAAGGUGGUCAGUCUCGAGGAAUACAUCACGCGUAUCCGUGCUGCGAAGAUAACCAAGGACCGGCUGCACUCGGACAUUGUGCUCAUUGCACGCACUGAUGCUCUUCAACAACAUGGUUACGAGGAGUGCAUUCGUCGACUGAAAGCAGCGAGAGAAAUUGGUGCAGAUGUUGGCCUUCUCGAGGGGUUCACCUCAAAGGAGCAGGCUCGUCAGGCAGUUCAAGACCUGGCCCCCUGGCCCCUGCUCCUCAACAUGGUGGAACAUGGAGCUACCCCUUUGAUCACCACUAAAGAGGCCGAGGAUAUGGGAUUCAGAAUAAUGAUCUUCUCUUUCGCCUCAAUCACCCCUGCCUAUAUGGGUAUUCGAUCCGCUCUGACGCGCCUGAUGACGGAAGGAGUUGUAGGAAUCCCUGAAGGUCUAGGGCCUCGGAAGAUUUUCGAGGUUUGUGGCCUAAUGGACGCAAUGAAGGUGGAUACGGAAGCUGGAGGAGAUGGUUUUGUAGACGGGGUUUGA